AUGGCGACGUCUGGUGGUUUGCAACGGGAGAUGGAGGAUGCAGCUAAUUCGAUAGAAUCUCUCCGAGUGAGUGAUUUGAAAGCUAUCUGUAGGAGUAUCUCCUUGGGCGUCACCGGUAGAAAGGUGGAGUUACAAGAUAGAAUUAAACAGUUUAUAAAGCAAUCUAUGGCAAAAGGUCACAUAGAUCCAUGGAGACCUAAAGCAAUAAAAAUAUUAGCGCAGAAGGCAAUAUUAAAUGAAGACUUGCCUCAGUAUGAGCAACUGUGGUUGUCGCUGAGGACAGGUGCUUUUGCACAUCCUGUUGCGACUGGUCACGCUCCGGCGGAAACCUUAGGAAGAGGAGCUACUAACAUAAUGGGUGCGAGUGCAGUACGACCUAGUGAUGUCAAUCCAUAUCAGAUCAGCGCUAGUCAUACUGCUGCGACUCGCAGCACUACUGCUAAGAGUCGGAACCCGAAUUUAAAAGAUCCAUUUACAUGUCGUGCAUCUAUAUUCUACAAGAUAAAGAAGAUGAUACCUGGAUCGGGACUAAGAUUGAAACAACAUAACGGUCGAGAGAGAAAGAUUACCAGUUUCAAACUAAAUGCGUCUGAUUAUGAUUAUAUAAAGCAAAAUCCGAAUCAUAAAGUAUAUUUGUUCUGUGGAUUAUUUGCAUCACUGGAGUCAGGUGGUGAUAAAUCCAUUGAGUUCCCACUCCCGAAUGAGAUAACUAUUAACAACACUGUUCUAAGGGAAAACUUGAAAGGUCUUAAAAAUAAAAAAGGUACUGUUAAACCGGUUGAUAUCACUGAACAUAUUCGUCCUGCUGGUCAGCAUAAUGUGUUGGAGAUAAUAUAUGUUUAUGCAAAGGUGGAUUACUACAUGUAUUGUUGCACUGUAGAAGAGAAGACGCCUGAAUUUCUAAUUGAUUCGAUUAAAGAUAGACAAGUAAUACCAAAACUAGAAACGCUACAGUAUAUUGAUAAAAUGAUGAAUGAUGAAGAUGACGAGUUUGUAACAACAUCUACAAUUAUGAGUCUACAAUGUCCAAUAUCUUAUACAAGGAUGAAACUGCCUGUAAAAACAAGAAAAUGUGAUCAUUUACAAUGCUUCGAUGCUUAUUGGUUUCUACAUUCACAAAAACAAGUACCAACAUGGGAAUGCCCAGUGUGCUCAAAGGAAGUUGAUUUGAAUUCACUUGCAACGUCAGAAUAUGUACUAGAGAUUUUGAAAAACACAGAUGAUGAGGUGGAACAAGUAGAAAUUUCAGCUGAUGGGUCGUGGAAACCAAUUCAAGAGGAAGAAGAAGAUCAUCGACCUCAGUCUGGUGCUGUAGGAAUGAAAAGGUCAGCAAGUGAUAACGAUGAAGAUGAGAAUCUAUUACAUCCAAAAAAGAAACAUACUGAAGAGCCGGUUGUGAUAAGUCUUGACAGUUCUGAUGAAGAGGACCUUCCAUUAAACGAGACAAUUAGAGCAAACUCUACAAGGGAUUCGGAGACUAAUCGGUUACCUAACGAAUCCGUUUCCAGAAGUUCUACAGUAUCUAAUAGCAAUUCUGUUGUAAUGAACGGUGACUCUGUUCUUCCUGGCACAGAGAUAGGACAAACAUCAGGUGAUGAUAGUGCCAGAACUACCACAGGCAAUCAUAUUAAUAGCACGGUUAUUGAAAAUACGACUGUUAGUAAUGGGGAAGACGUAACUGUAACCGCUCUAGCAUCUAACCAACCACAAACUCCUGUGUCAGAGCCUCCUGUUGUGAAUAAUGUUGCCGGUAGUACUUCUGGGGACUCUGUGGGGUCUUCGCCUCCAAGGAGAGCCUCUAGACUUGAGAGAAGGGGUUCGGUCAUUUCCACAACGGAAAACCUCUUAGGAUUAUCCGGCUCACCAGUACAACUAAAUAGUAUUACUACUAGCACACAGGAUCAAACAGAAACAACACAGCAGGCCAAAGAUACAGAGCAAGAAAAAACUCACCAACAAAAAGCUAACAAGUCGAUAUCAGCGCCAACUCCAACAACAGAACCUAGUCCAGCACUUCGUGAUAUACCAGUUGUUGAGAGGAACAUAUUUAGCAAGAGAACAAAUGAACCUCAGUUAGUCUCUCCAUUCAUACCAAAGAAACCCUAUGCAUAUCUAGCAAGAAGAAGACAACAACCUCCGGCAGCAUCCCAGCCAGAAAAAAUGAACACCUCCAGUUCCAGCACGGGACCAUCUGCAAGCUUUAAUUCAUCCACGCAUGCAUCUACCUCGGUAUCAGAUAUAAUAGAUCUCACCUCAGAUGAUUAA